GACUCUUUCGCUUUAAGCCUGAGAGCGCCCGGCAAAAGCUGCAAAGCAAACUGUGGAGUCGGGAUAUUUGCCCCAACGGCUUCCUGCAGAAACAGGAGUUGACUGGGCUGGGUCUAUGCUGUGCAAUGCGGAGAAAGCAGUAGGGUACUGGAGGAGCAGGGUGGAGGGACUGGCAGCAGAGGUAGCUGCUGACCUCUCAGAGGCAGAGAAGGCUCCGUUGGACACUAGAGAAAAGCCACCCUUCAGGCGGAGGGUGCAGGAGGGCGAUCGAAGUGCCAUUUCGCUGGAGAGAAGAUCCAUGAGGUGGAAUCUGGGAGUCAAACACUUUCAUUCCUCAACAAGGAAAUCCUUUGAUUGUUAAUACUGUUGGAGGCUGCCUUGAAGCACGAAUGAAAGAUGGGGAAGGAAGACCCAGCUAGCUGCGAAGCAGGAGAAGGCCUUGAGGCCAGACAAGUGGGGAGCACUGGGGAAUUUGGGGAAAGGGCCAAGCAGAAGAUGCUGGUUGAGGACAUCAGGAGCUCAGAGGCCCAGCGCCUGUGCUUCAGGCAGUUCUGCUACCAGCAGGCCGAGGGGCCCCGAGAGGUUUGCAGCCGACUCCACAGCCUUUGCCAUCAGUGGCUGAAGCCAGGGAGACUCACAAAAGCUCAGAUUGUGGACCUGGUGACCCUGGAGCAGUUCUUGAGCAUCCUGCCCCCAGAGCUGGAGAGCUGGAUCAGAGAGUGUGGAGCAGAGACCAGUUCCCAGGCAGUGGCCCUGGCAGAAGGUUUCCUCCUGAGCCAGGCAGAGGACAAGAGGCAGGAAGAACAGCAGGUGCAAGGACUGUUGUCGGAAGCGGCCCCUGACUUCCCUGAGGCCGAGAAGGCUCCAUCAGGCACCAGGCCGAGGCCUCUGUCCAAGGAGAUCCCCAGGCAGGAGGGCAGCAGUGGGGACACCUUGCUGGGUGCUGGAAUGACGCUGCUAAUGCAUUCUCAGCCCUCCCUUCUGCCUGGUGGGAUGGAAGAUGCUUCAAGCCCACCUAAGAAGGGCCCGGUGAGCUUUGAGGAGGUGGCUGUGCAUUUCACGGAAGAGGAGUGGGCUCUGCUGGAUCUGGACCAGAGAACCCUGUACAGGGAAGUCAUGGAGGAGAAUAGGAGGAAUGUGGCCUCUCUGGCAGACGACAGUGGGGAGAGGAAUAUGGAGAGAAUUUGCAAUGGAGGUUUGUUGGAUGAUGUCAGCAGUAAAAAUAGAGGGAAACAGAGAAUGAACACUGAAGCAAAAGAGAAGAACAGGAAUGGAUCUUCUGUUUCUCAUCAUGGAAAAAUCCAUGACACAAAUUUUCAGCUUUGGUGGGAAAUGCACAAAGGAGAGAAACCAUAUAAAUGCUUGAAGUGUAGAAAGAGCUUGAGUGAGAGCAGAACACUUACUAUACAUCAAAGAACCCAUACUAGAAAGAAACAGUAUAAAUGCUUGGAGUAUUGGAAGAGCUUCAUUUGGAGCAAAAAACAUACUAGCCAUCAAAGGAAUCAUACUGGAAAGAAAACAUAUACCUGUUUAGAGUGUCAAAAGAGUUUCAGCCAAAGUGCAAACCUCACUUCCCAUCAGAGAACCCAUACAAGGGAGAAAACCUAUAAAUGCUUGGAGUGUGGAAAGAGCUUCUAUGAGAGCGGACAUCUUACUAGGCAUCAAAGAACCCAUACUGGAGAGAAGCCAUAUAAAUGCUUGGAGUCUAGAAAGAGCUUCAGAAGGAGUCAACAUCUUACUAGCCAUCAAAGAAUCCAUACUGGAGAGAAACCAUCUAAAUGCUUUAAGUGUGGAAAGAGCUUCAGUGACAUCGGAAAUCUUACUAGCCAUCAAAGAAACCAUACUGAAGAGAAACCAUAUAAAUGCUUGGAGUGUGGAAAGAGCUUCAGUCAGAUUGGACAUCUUACUAGUCAUCAAAGGACCCAUACUGGAGAGAAGCCAUAUAAAUGCUUGGAGUGUGGAAAGAGCUUCAGUCAGAGCGGAAGUGUUACUAGGCAUCAGAGAACCCAUACUGGAGAGAAACCAUAUAAAUGCUUGGAGUGUGGAAAGGGCUUCUGUGACAGUGGAAAUCUUACUAGCCAUCACAGAACCCAUACUGGAGAGAAACCGUAUAAAUGCUUGGAGUGUGGAAAGAGCUUCAGUGAGAGUGGACAUCUUACUAGGCAUCAAAGAACCCAUACUGGAGAGAAACCAUAUAAAUGCUUGGAGUGUGGAAAGAGAUUCAGUCAUAGUGGACAUCUUACUAGGCAUCAAAGAACCCAUACUGGAGAGAAGCCAUAUAAAUGCUUGGAGUAUGGAAAGAGCUUCAGUCGGAGCGGUAGUCUUACUAGCCAUCAAAGAACCCAUACUGGAGAGAAACCAUAUAAAUGCUUGGAGUAUGGAAAGAGCUUCAGUCGGAGCGGUAGUCUUACUAGCCAUCAAAGAACCCAUACUGGAGAGAAACCAUAUAAAUGCCUGGAGUGUGGAAAGAGCUUCAGUAUGAGCGGACAUCUUACUAGCCAUCACAGAACCCAUACUGGAGAGAAGCCAUAUAAAUGCUUGGAGUGUGGAAAGAGCUUCAGUCAGAGCGGAAGUCUUACUAGCCAUCACAGAACCCAUACUGGAGAGAAACCAUAUAAAUGCUUGGAGUGUGGAAAGAGCUUCAGUCAUAGUGGACAUCUUACUAGGCAUCAAAGAACCCAUACUGGAGAGUAGCCAUAUAAAUGCUUGGAGUGUGGAAAGAGCUUCAGUGAGAGCAGAAGUCUUACUAGGCAUCAAAAACCCAUACUGGAGAGAAACCACAUAAUGCUUGGACUGUGGAAUGAGCUUCAAUAUGAGCGGAUCUUACUAUCCAUCAAAGAACCUAUACUGGAGAGAAGCCAUAUAAAUGCUUGGAGUGUGGAAAGGGCUUCAGUAAGAGCGGAAGUCUUACUAGGCAUCAAAAACCCAAACUGGAGAGAAACCACAUAAAUGCUUGGACUUUGGAAUUAGCUUCAAUAUGAGUGGACAUCUUACUAGCCAACAAAGAACCCAUACUGGAGAGAAACCACAUAAAUACUUGGUAGUGUGGAAAGAUCUUCAGUGAGAGCAGAAGUCUUACUAGGCAUCAAAGAACCCAUACUGGAGA